AUAUGUUUCUACACGCAGAGCUAUGCCUACGGUCCUUUUUCCGGCAAGUGUCAACCAUGGCGCCGGCGACAGCGAAGAAAGUGGCAGCAGCCAAAAAGCUGCCCACAGUCACCGAGACUAUUCUCAAGAGGAGGAAGUUGAAGGAUCAGAGGAAGAAUGCAGCUACUGCUAAGGCCCUCAAGGACCGGCAGCAGCGCAAGCAGAAGAGGAAGGUCAUCUUCAAGCGCGCCGAGCAGUACGUCAAGGAGUACCGCGAGCGUGAGCGUGAGGUGAUCCGGCUGAAGCGCGAGGCCAAGAAGGAGGGCAACUUCUACGUGCCGGAGGAGGCCAAGCUGGCGUUCGUGGUGCGCAUCCGUGGUGUGCUCGGCCUGCACCCCAAGGUGCGCAAGGUGCUGCAGCUGCUGCGCCUGCGCCAGAUCAACAACGGCGUCUUCGUCAAACUGAACAAGGCCACCAUCAACAUGCUGCGUAUCGCGGAGCCGUACAUCGCCUACGGCUACCCGAGCCUGUCGACGGUGCGCCAGCUGCUCUACAAGCGCGGCUUCGUCAAGGUGAACAACCAGCGGCUGCCCAUCACCAGCAACGAGCUGAUCGAGAGCAAGCUCGGCAACCGCGACAUCAUCUGCGUCGAGGACAUCGUCCACGAGGUGUUCACGGUCGGCCCCAACUUCAGGAAGGUCACCAACUUCCUCUGGCCGUUCAAGCUGUCCACGCCCACUGGCGGAUGGAACCGCAAGUCGACUCACUUCGUGGAGGGCGGCGACUUCGGCAACCGGGAGGGCAUGAUCAACGAGCUGCUGAAGCGCAUGAUUUAAACUGUCCCGACUGCCGAAAAUAUAUGCCUCACUCGUGGGAGACA